AUGUCAUCCAAUGAGGACGAUAAGGCACACUGGAGCCGACGGAUCCAUGGAGUCCCAAGUGCUCAUGUACGGAAUCAAAUGGUACAAAUAACGUCCAAAGUGUCAGAGAAGGAUGAAAAGGUAUUCUCUUUAUUCAAGACCGGUCUAAAGACCACAAUUCACAAAUACGAAAAACAGAGCUCUGAACGGCGGAAAGCUCAUUAUAGUACAGAAAAGCACUUCCACCAGGCACUGAACGAUUCUGAAUGGCUUGACAAAUAA